UACCAUCCAUCCCACCAGCCAUGAGCAGGGCACCUCCCAAGACGUCAGAAUGGGAUGUUCUCAAGAAGCACCACAAGUUCGUCCAACCUUUCUUCUCAGUUCUUGCUGCUAACCACAUCGGCACACCAAACACACCCAGAUUCAAACGUGCAGAUGACGAAGCAGAUGACGGCACAUGGGAAGAACGGCUCGCCAAGGGGUACGAGAACAAGCUCUUUCGAGAGCUUGCCCUUAUUGAUCUCAAACACUACAAGUCGAAGCGUUUUGCCUUGAGAUGGAGGACAGCGACCGAGGUCGUCGACGGCAAGGGGGACGAGACGUGCGGCUCGUUGCGCUGUCAACAUCACACCCCGGCUCGACUUGGCGACUCGACUCGACAUUCGCGAUCACCGCCCCGCUCUACCACACCGUUGAGAACGUUUGAGCUGCCAUUCGUCUACCAAGAAGACGGCGAGCGCAAGGAGACGAUGGUCAAGGUCCGACUCUGCCGACGGUGUGAGGCAAAGCUCAAGUGGCGACCGGAUGAUCGAGACAGUGCAUCACCAACACGCCGAGAGGCCAAAACGGAGAAGAGGUCUGCAGAGCAUUCCAGCGCCAACGCCGGCAGGGGGGACUCGAAGCGGCGGCGAGGGUAAGGUUCGCCGAGAGGAGCGCACCGGGUUUGAGGUGUUUGAUUUGGGAUUGUCUCCCAUUAAUCGCAGGGCUCGGGACGCAGUCACAAGUGACCUAUGCAUGAGUUCGCCA